CUAAUUAGAGAGCCGGCACUGAUCGUAAGGUGUUUGCACUCAGCAGCUGCGUGACUCCCAAGCAGGACGGUGGCGAGUGAGUGUCCGUGUAAGCGGCACUGAACGGUGGGUGCAGGAUGGGGGUCUGGGAGUUUGUGAAGACCCAAUUUGUUGUUCAUCUACUCAUUGGAUUUGUCUUUGUAUUGAGUGGCCUCAUUAUCAACUUCCUGCAGCUUUGCACCCUUCCUCUAUGGUGGGUAAACAGGCAGCUGUAUCGCCACAUCAACUGCCGCCUGGCAUAUUCCUUCUGGAGCCAGCUGGUGAUGUUGUUGGAGUGGUGGUCUGGCACUCAGUGCACCCUGUUUACAGACCAGCAGACUGUGGACCACUUUGGGAAGGAACAUGCCAUUAUCAUUCUCAACCACAACUUUGAGAUUGACUUCCUUUGUGGCUGGACGAUGUGUGAGUGCUUUGGAGUUCUGGGCAGCUCCAAGGUUCUUGCAAAGAAGGAGCUGCUGAUGGUUCCUCUCAUUGGCUGGACCUGGUAUUUCCUGGAGAUCGUGUUCUGCAAACGCAAGUGGGAGGAGGACAGAGAGACGGUUUUAGAGGGGCUCCGCAGCCUGAAAGAUUAUCCGGAGUACAUAUGGUUCCUGUUGUAUUGUGAGGGGACACGUUUUACUGAGACAAAGCACAAGAUCAGUAUGGAGGUCACUGACAAAAAGGGUCUGGCUCGGCUGAAGCACCAUCUCCUUCCACGUACCCGAGUGUUUACCACAGCGGUAGAGUGUUUACGAGGCACAGUCUCUGCGGUCUAUGAUGUGACACUGAAUUUCCGUGGAAAUAAAAAUCCAUCCCUGUUGGGCAUUUUAUAUGGGAAGAAAUAUGAAGCAGACAUGUGUGUGAGACGGUUUCCACUGGAAGAAAUUCCUGUUGAUGAGAAGGAAGCUGCUAACUGGUUGCAUAAACUGUAUCAGGAAAUGGAUGCAUUGCAAGAACGAUAUCUCCAAGAAGGCACCUUUCCUGGCCCCCAGAUUGUUCCCUCUCGUCGGCCAUGGACUCUCCUCAAUUUCCUGUUCUGGGCAAGUCUGCUUCUGUCUCCCCUCUUCUCAUUUGCAAUUGGGAUUUUUGCCAGGGACUCUUUGUUUUGUUUUUUUGCCCUCACACUCCACUUCUGUCAGUGGUUAUGGUCAGUCUUCUCAUUUCUGCCCCUCUCUUUCUGGUACAUUCACGCCAUAUGUUUUCUAGCCUCUGUUAUGGUGAGAGCUUCGCUGCACCCUGUCCCUGUAUUUUCCCUAAAAAUAUGUUUUAACCCUUACACUGCUGCAUCCCACAAAGUAAGCCUGGCCCCAGCCUUCUAG